CCCCAGCGAGACGUUCUUUAUAUAUAGUAGGAGUCUCACUACCCUUAACAACCAUAGCUGAAAUAAUUACUUCACCAGUUAAAAACAGUGCUGAUCAGUGACCACAAAGCUAGCCCAUGUCGAAGGUGGUUUGUGUCACCGGAGCCAGCGGCGCCAUCGGAUCAUGGGUGGUCCUCCUCCUCCUCCAGCGUGGCUACACCGUUCAUGCCACCGUCCAAGAUCUUAAGGAUGAAAAAGAGACGAAGCACUUGGAGGAAAUGGAAGGGGCGAAGGGUCAUCUGCGUCUUUUUGAGAUGGACCUUCUAGACAUGGAUUCAAUAACCGCAGCCGUAAAGGGUUGUUCUGGGGUUAUUCACCUUGCAUGUCCUAAUAUUAUUGGUCAAGUCAAAGACCCAGAGAAGGAGAUAUUGGAACCGGCGAUAAAAGGGACGGUGAAUGUGCUGAAGGCGGCGAAGGAAGCAGGGGUGGAGAGAGUGGUGGCGACGUCGUCGAUCUCCGCCAUUAUGCCCAGUCCUAACUGGCCAGCUGAUAAGAUUAAAGGAGAAGAUUGUUGGACAGACCUUGAAUACUGCAAGCAAAAGGGGUUGUACUAUCCCAUGGCAAAGACUCUAGCGGAGAAAGCAGGUUGGGAUUUUGCUAAAGAGACUGGUUUCGAUGUGGUGAUGAUAAACCCUGGUACAGCUUUGGGCCCUCUUCUUACUCCGAGAAUCAAUUCCAGCAUGGCCGUGCUUGUUAGUGUUCUCAAAGGUGGCAAAGAAACAUACGAGGACUUCUUUAUGGGAACGGCUCACUUCAAAGAUAUAGCAAUGGCACAUAUUUUGGUAUUGGAGACCAAGAAAGCAACCGGAAGACACCUGUGUGUGGAAGCCAUUCGUCACUUUGGUGAUAUAGUGGCAAUGAUAGCUGAGUUAUACCCUGAAUAUGAUGUGGCUAAGUUGCCAAAUGAUACCCAACCAGGGUUGUUGAGAGCAAAGGAUGCAUCAAAGAAGCUGAUUGAUUUAGGUCUAGAGUUCACUCCUGCUGAACAAAUCAUUAAGGAUGCAGUGGAGAGUUUGAAGAGGCAGGGUUAUGUCUAAUUUCUAUGACUCAUCAGGACUACGUGCACUGUUACAAGUGGUGAUGGCAUCACUAUUCUUCUGUCCUUGGUGUGACUCAUUAUUAUUGUUGGUGCUAUUUGUGUUUUUUAUUUUUUACUUUCACUUUCACUCCUCUGCGUAUAAUUGGAGUCUAAAAUAAGGGUCACUUGUAUCGGUCAAUGUAUCUGUCAACAUUUGGCAAGAAUUCUUAUUUAUUAUCUCUCGCUGGUAUCAAAGAUUAAUUGAAAGUUUUCAUCUUCAUGGC